AUGGACGAGAAUACACCGCUAAUAGUCAAACGCACAUCGCGCACGAGGUAGGCCACCAAUCAUAUAAUUGAUGUCCUGCUGUCUAUCAAAGGCAUCAGAGAUUCAGACCAAAUGCUAUUUACAAUGAAUGAAGUUGUUUAUUCAUAUCACUCAUAUUUGAACAUGUGAUAUUAUAUCUUUCCCUUUUUUUCAUCCACAGCAAUGCCAGGCUAUACCUCGCUGUGUUUUCUGCUGUUUUGGGGAAUUUCAAUUUCGGCUAUUCCUUGGUUUACCCCUCCCCAGUGAUCCCUCAACUCCAAAACAGUGGUAACCCUAAACUGAGGAUGGACACAGAACAGAUAGCCUGGUUUGGGGUGAGUGAGGCAGAGAGAAAAACAACCGAUGAAAAUGUAUGCACUAACUGUAAGUCGCUCUGGAUAAGAGCGUCUGCUAAAUGACUAAAAUGUAAAUGAUGUCUUCUCAUUCAUUCAGUGUCUCCUUCAGAACGUUAUCUGAUGACAGCCAAUAAAAUAAUGCCUUACCUCAAUGAUAAUGUACUGUUUUUUUUCUUCAUAAAAGUACAGCUAUAUUGUCAAAUCAAUCAGACAGUCCAUAUACUUGACCCAUUCAGUAUUUUAUUUUUAUUUCACCUUUAUUUAACCAGGUAAUUUAUUUAUUUAUUUUUAUUUUUUUAUUUUUUACAUUUAGCAGACGCUCUUAUCCAGAGCGACUUACAGGAGCAAUUAGGGUUAAGUGCCUUGCUCAAGGGCACAUCGACAGAUUUUUCACCUAGUCGGCUCGGGGAUUAGAACCAGCGACCUUUCGGUUACUGGCACAACGCUCUUAACCACUAAGCUACCUGCCGCCCAGGUAAGCCAGUUGAGAACAAGUUCUCAUUUACAACUGCGACCUGGCCAAGAUAAAGCAAAGCAGUGCAACAGAGUUGCAUUUGGGGUAAACAAAACAAAGUCAAAAAUAUAUAUACAGUGUGUGCGAAUGUAGUAAGUUAUGGAGGUAAGGCAAUAAAUAAAUAGGCCAUAGUGCAACAAUAGUUAGUGCAAAAAUAGUUACAAUUUCGUAAUUAACACUGGAAUGAUAGAUGUGCAAAAUAUGAUGUGCAAAUAGAGAUACUGGGGUGCAAAUUAGCAAAAUAAAUAACAAUAUGGGGAUGAGGUAGUUGGGUGGGCUAAUUUCAGAAUGGCUGUGUACAGGUGCAGUGAUCGGUAAGCUGCUCUGACAACUGACGCUUAAAGUUAGUGAGGGAGAUAAGAGUCUCCAGCUUCAGAGAUUUUUGCAGUUAGUUUCCAUGCAUUGGCAGCAGAGAACUGGAAGGAAUGGCGGCCAAAGGAGGUGUUGGCUUUGGGGAUGACCAGUGAGAUAUACCUGCUGGAGCGCAGACUACGGGUGGGUGUUGCUAUGGUGACCAAUGAGCUAAGAUAAGACGGGUAUUUGCCUAGCAGUGAUUUAUAGAUGACCUGGAGCCAGUGGGUUUAGCGACGAAUAUGUAGUGAGGGCCAGCCAACAAGAGCGUACAGGUCACAACGGUGGGUAGUAUAUGGGGCUUUGGUGACAAAACGGAUGGCACUGUGAUAGACUACAUCCAAUUUGCUGAGUAGAGUGUUGGAGGCUAUUUUGUAAAUGACAUCGCCAAAGUCAAGGAUCGGUAGGAUAGUCAGUUUUACGAGGGCAUGUUUGGCAGCAUGAGUGAAGGAGGCUUUGUUGCGAAAUAGGAAGCCGAUUCUAGAUCUAACUUUUGAUUGGAGAUGCUUAAUGUGAGUCUGGAAGGAGAGUUUACAGUCUAACCAGACACCUAGGUAUUUGUAGUUGUCCACAUACUCUAGGUCAGACCCGCCGAGAGUAGUGAUUCUAGUUGGGUGGGCGGGUGCAAGCAGCGUUCAGUUGAAGAGCAUGCAUUUAGUUUUACUAGUGUUUAAGAGCAGUUGGAGGCUACGGAAGGAGUGUUGUAUGGCGUUGAAGCUCGUUUACACAGUUUCCAAUGAAGGGCCAGAUGUAUACAAAAUGGUGUUGUCCGCAUAGAGGUGGAUCCGAGCGUCACCAGCAGCAAGAGCGACAUCAUUGGUAUACACAGAGAAUAGAGUCGGCCCGAGAAUUGAACCCUGUGGCACCCCCAUAGAGACAGCCAGAGGUCCAGACAACAGGCCCUCCGAUUUGACACAUUGAACUCUAUCUGAGAAGUAGUUGGUGAACCAGGCGAGGCAGUCAUUAGAGAAACCAAGGCUAUUUAGUCUGCCAAUAAGAAUGCGGUGGUUGACAGAGUCGAAAGCCUUAGCCAGGUUGAUGAAGACGGCUGCACAGUACUGUCUUUUAUCGAUCGCGGUUAUAAUAUCGUUUAGGACCUUGAGCGUGGCUGAGGUGCACCCAUGACCAGCUCGGAAACCGGAUUGCAUAGCAGAGAAGGUACGGUGGGAUUCGAAAUGGUCGGUGAUCUGUUUGUUAACUUGGCUUUAAAAUACUUUCGAAAGGCAGGGCAGGAUGGAUAUAGGUCUGUAACAGUUUGGAUGUAGAGUGUCUUUGAAGAGGGGGAUGACCGCGGCAGCUUUCCAAUCUCUGGGGAUGUCAGACGUUACGAAAGAGGUUGAACAGGCUAGUAAUAGGGGUUGCGACAAUUUCGGCGGCUAAUUUUAGAAAGAAAGGGUCCAGAUUGUCUAGCCCAGCUGAUUUGUAGGGGUCCAGAUUUUUCAGCUCUUUCAGAACAUCAGCUGUCUGAAUUUGUGUGAAGGAGAAGCGGGGGGGAUAUGGGCAAGUUGCAGCGGAGGGUGCAGAGCUGGUGGCCAGGGUAGUGGUAGCCAGGUGGAAAGCAUGGCCAGCCGUAGCAAAAUGCUUGUUGAAAUUCUCGAUUAUUGUAGAUUUAUCGGUGGUGACAGUGUUUCCUAGCCUCAGUGCAGUGGGCAGUUGGGAGGAGGUGCUCUUAUUUUCCAUGGACUUUACAGUGUCCCAAAGCUUUUUGGAGUUAGUGCUACAGGAUGCACAUUUCUGUUUGAAUGUAUAAAGUGUAAGAUGUACAGUUGAAGUCGGAGGUUUACAUACACCUUAGCCAAAUACAUUUAAACAGUUUUUCACAAUUCCUGACAUUUAAUCCUAGUAAAAAUUCCCUGUCUUAGGUCAGUUAGGAUCACCACUUUAUUUUAAGAAUGUGAAAUGUCAGAAUAAUAGUAGAGAGAAUGAUUUAUUUCAGCUUUUAUUCCUUUCAUCACAUUCCCAGUGGGUCAGAAGUUUACAUACACUCAAUUAGUAUUUGGUAGCAUUGCCUUUAAAUUGUUUAACUUGGGUCAAAUGUUUCGGGUAGCCUUCCACAAGCUUCCCACAAUAAGUUGGGUGAAUUUUGGCCCAUUCCUCCUGACAGAGAUGGUGUAACUGAGUCAGGUUUGUAGGCCUCCUUGCUCGCACACGCUUUUUCAGUUCUGCCCACAAAUGUUCUGUACGAUUGAGGUCAGGGCUUUGUGAUGGCCAUUCCAAUACCUUGACUUUGUUGUCCUUAAGCCAUUUUGCCACAACUUUGGAAGUAUGCUUGGGUCCAUUUGGAAGACCCAUUUGCGACCAAGCUUUAACUUCCUGACUGAUGUCUUGAGAUGUUGCUUCAAUAUAUCCACAUAAUUUUCCUUCCUCAUGAUGCCAUCUAUUUUGUGAUGUGCACCAGUCCCUCCUGCAGCAAAGCACCCCCACAGAAUGAUGCUGCCACCCCUGUGCUUCACGGUUGGGAUGGUGUUCUUCAGCUUGCAAGAUACCCCCUUUUCCCUCCAAACAUAACGAUGGUCAUUAUGGCCAAACAGUUCUAUUUUUGUUUCAUCAGACCAUAGGACAUUUCUCCAAAAAGUAAGAUCUUUGUCCCCAUAUGCAGUUGCAAACCGUAGUCUGGCUUUUUUAUGGCGGUUUUGGAGCAGUGGCUUCUUCCUUGCUGAGCGGCCUUUCAGGUUAUGUCGAUAUAGGACUCGUUUUACUGUGGAUUUAGAUACUUUUGUACCUGUUUCCUCCAGCAUCUUCACAAGGUCCUUUGCUGUUGUUCUGGGAUUGAUUUGCACUUUUCGCACCAAAUUAUGUUAUUCUCUAGGAGACAGAACGCGUCUCCUUCCUGAGCGGUAUGACGGCUGCAUGGUCCCAUGGUGUUUAUACUUGCAUAUUAUUGUUUGUACAGAUGAACAUGGUACCUUCAGGUGUUUGGAAAUUGCUCCCAAGGAUGAACCAGACUUGUGGAGGUCUACACAUUUUUUUCUGAGGUCUUGGCUGAUUUCUUUUGAUUUUCACAUGAUGUCAAGCGAAGAGGCACUGAGUUUGAAGGUAGGCCUUGAAAUACAUCCACAGGUACACCUCCAAUUGAGUCAAAUGAUGUCAAUUAGCCUAUCAGAAGCUUCUUAAGCCAUGACAUCAUUUUCUGGAAUUUUCCAAGCUGUUUAAAGGCAAGUCAACUUAGUGUAUGUAAACUUCUGACCCACUGGAAUUGUGAUACAGUGAAUUAUAAGUGAAAUAAUCUGUAAACAAUUGUUGGAAAAAUUACUUGUGUCAUGCACAAAGUAGAUGUCCUAACCGACUUGCCAAAACUAUAGUUUGUUAACAAGAAAUUUGUGGAGUUGUUGAAAAACGAGUUUUAAUGACUCCAAUCUAAGUGUAUGUAAACCUCUGACUUCAACUGUAAGUGUAAGCAGCACUAUGUCCUGAAACAUUCCUCUUUAGUUUUAACCAUGUCCCUAUUUGACUCUUUCUUUUAUCAGUCUAUUUUCACACUGGGGGCUGCAGCAGGAGGACUUGGUGCCAUGCUUCUGAAUGACCUGAUUGGCCGGAAGUUAAGCAUCAUGGUGUCAGCAGUCCCCUCAACAGUUGGGUAUGUAAGCUAUGUACACAUGUUCUUGAUGGGAAUAUACAUUUUCUGGUUAUUUACUGAAAGAACAGGGAACAAAUACAUUGAUUGUAUUUACAAAAAAGCCCCAAUGUAUUAGGCCACAUUACAUUGGUGAUCAUAAAGUAAAUAUUAACAAAGUAAUACAAAAUACAAAUAUUUUUUCAUAUAUACGUCCUUCCAACCCUUACAGGUACAUUGUGAUGGGAGGGGCACAGGCUACUUGGAUGCUACACCUGGGCAGGUUCCUAACUGGUAUCGCUGGUGGCAUGACUGCUGCUUCCAUACCUGUAGGUCAGCUACUGAUAAUGCUGUGUGCUCUCAGUGGUGGAAAAAGUACCCAGUUGUCAUACUUGAGUAAAAGUAAAGAUACCUUAAUAUAAAGUGACUCAAGUAAAAGUGAAAGUCACCCAGUAAAAUACUAAAAGUCUAAAAGUACUUUUAAAAUACUUUAGUAUAAAAAGUAAAUGUAAUUCCUACUUAAGUAUCAAAAGUAAAAGUAAAAAUCAUUUCAAAUUCCUUAUAUUACCCAUUUUCUUGUUUUUUAUUUAUUUACGGUAGCCAGGGGCACACUCCAACACUUCAUCAUUUACAAAUGAAGCAUUUGUGUUUAGUGAGAUCAGAGGCAGUAGGGAUGAAAAGGGAUGCUCUCUUGUGUGAAUUUGACCAUUUUCCUGUCCUGCUAAGCAUUCAAAAUGUAAUGAGCAUUUUUGGGUGUCAGGGAAAAUGUAUUGAGUAAAAAGUACAUUAUUUUCUUUAGGAAUGUAGUAAAGUAAAAGUUGUCAAAAAUAUAAAUAUUUAAGUAGUUUUUUUGGGUAUCUGUACUUAAGUAGUACUUUAAAGUAUUUUUACUUAAGUACUUUACACCACUGUGUGCUCUUCUGAUGCUUCAUCCAAUAACAAAGAGUUAGACCAUUUAGAUACUGCUGUGGACUUCAGAAUAUGUCAUUAGGAAACUGGUUAACCUGAUCUAUUGAUGUUUCCUGAAAUCCCCUCUCCUGGAAAUAUAAACCCAUCUUAGACAACAGGCGUAAAGGCUUAUGGGCUUACUGUCACGCCUUACAUUAGUGAUGAUGUGGUUGUGUUCUCUUCUCUUGCACUGCUCCAGGUGUAUAUAUCAGAGAUCUCCCACCCCAAAGUUAGGGGAGCUUUGGGAUCGUGCCCUCAAAUCACUGCUGUGUUUGGAGCCCUGUCACUCUAUUCACUUGGUAAGAACCUGGCACAUCUCGUACACAGGUAGAUACUGUAGGGGGCCAUCCAGGAGGUCCAUGUUGCUAUUCAGAACUUUGAGUUUGUGUAUGUUUGGUGAAGGGCUAGUGGUUCCGUGGCGGUGGCUGGCUGUGGCAGGGGAGAUCCCAGCUCUGCUCAUGCUGCUGCUGCUGUGCUUCAUGCCCGACUCUCCCCGCUACCUCAUCACCUGUGGAAAACAGGAGCAGGCCUGCAAGGCCCUGGAGUGUCUGAGAGGGCCCGACUCAGACUUCAUGGCAGAGUUCAACAUGAUUGAACUCAGUAUCUCGUCUCAGGUACACAGACGGUACUUUGGUUUGACUGCCUCCAAAGACUUACUGUAGAUGUUCGGAUUGAAUACAUUUGGUGUUUCUCCUUUCCUCCAGGGGAGAAUCAGGUGGUCCGAUUUGAUAACGCCGUUCUACUACAAGCCCAUCCUAAUCUCCAUAGUGAUGAGGUUCCUUCAGCAGAUGACUGGCAUAACUCCCAUCCUGGUGUAUCUGGAGCCCAUCUUCCACAAGACUGAUGUCUCCCUGGUACGUGUCUUUUGUCUCCCAGCUAUGGGGCUUUUCACACUACUGAGCCGAACCAAACCAAGCUGCACUGAGCAGGUCUGGUUACGCAUCUACCAUAGUUUCUGAAACCGUGCUGGAAAAUGUGGAAAUAUCUGAGCCAGCGCAGUUUGGUUCAGGUUGGCAUGAUCGUGAGAAAAGGGUAAUGGAUUAGGUGGAAUCAGGUUAAACUUGGAUCAGGGAAAAAGGGUAAUGGAUUAGGUGGGAUCAGGUUCAAAAAUGUAUCAGGGAAAAGGGUAAUGGAUUAAGGUUGGGAUCAGUUCAACUGUAUCAGGGAAAAGGGUAAAGUGGAUUAAGGUGGGAUCAUGUUAAACUGUAAUCCAGGAAAAGGGUUAAUGGAUUAGGUGGGAUCAAGUUAAACUGUAUCAGGGAAAAGGGUAAUGGAUUAGGUGGGAUCAGGUUAAACUGUAUCAGGGAAAAGGGUAAUGGAUUAGGUGGGAUCAGGUUAAACUGUAUCAGGGAAAAGGGUAAUGGAUUAGGUGGGAUCAGGUUAAACUGUAUCGGGGAAAAAGGGAAAUGGUUUAGGUGGGAUCAGGUUCAACUGUAUCAGGGAAAAGGGUAAUGGAUUAGGUGGGAUCAGGUUAAACUGUAUCAGGGAAAAGGGUAAUGGAUUAGGUGGGAUCAAGUUAAACUGUAUCAGGGAAAAGGGUAAUGGAUUAGGUGGGAUCAGGUUUAAACUGUAUCAGGAAAAGGGUAAUGGAUUAGGUGGGAUCAGGUUAAACUGUAUCAGGAAAAGGGUAAUGGAUAGGUGGGAUCAGGUUAAACGGGUAUCAGGGAAAGGGGGUAUGGAUUAGGUGGGAUCAAGUUAAACUGUAUCAGGGAAAAGGGUAAUGGAUUAGGUGGGAUCGGGUUAACUGUAUCAGGGAAAAGGGUUGGAUUAGGUGGGAUCAGGUUAAACUGUAUCAGGGAAAAGGGUAAUGGAUUAGGUGGGAUCAAGUUAAACUGUAUCAGGGAAAAGGGUAAUGGAUUAGGUGGGAUCAGGUUAAACUGUAUCAGGGAAAAGGGUAAUGGAUUAGGUGGGAUCAGGUUAAACUGUAUCAGGGAAAAGGGUAAUGGAUUAGGUGGGAUCAGGUUAAACUGUAUCAGGCGUCAUUGUGCUGCUUAGCAGUAUUUCUUCCCCGCUCACAUCUUUACCGCUACUUGAUCUUGCGCCCUCUGCCUCGCCAACACACGUAACCGCCCUGUUUGACAACGUACUAACCAGCUGCGCCACAGAAAAGCUAGCAAUUCGGCAGUGCCGGUGGAGACAUUUCAAGCUGUGGGGUGAGCUGACGACGCAAUCUGUUACAUCAGCAAAUGGCUCCUUUACCUCAGUACCUUGACAUUACAGAACAUGUCAUUCAUAACCAAGGACAUUUUAAAUGCAUCCACUUCUAUCUAGGAACCUAAGUACGAUGCUGCACUGGUGGGAGCAAUUCGACUGCUAUCUGUGGUGAUUGCUGCCAGUUUGAUGGACAAGGCUGGAAGGAAGGCCCUCCUCUAUACCUCAGGUGGGUGCGUUCGCAGUCCAAGUGACAAAGCCAUAAAAUCAUCACUGAGCUCAGAAAAUAGGCCCUUCAAUUUUUUAACGAUUUUAUUGACUGCAUUUCUGUUCACUUGUUCUUCCUCUGCAGGGUUCCUGAUGUUUCUCGCUACCCUUACAAUGAACAUGUACUCACACACCACCCCCUGCCCCUCCGGUAACCUGACUGGCACUGUGCUCCCCACAGACCUCAUAGCACAGCAGGGAGAAGCUGCCUUCAACACCAUCACCCUCAUCCCAUUAAUAAGCACCAUGGUCUUUAUAUUUGGUAAGAAUCUCAGUCUUGAUUAAGGAAAUACAUGUUUAAUGCGUAAUUCCCCACACACUCAACACACUCGGGUGGUUUCACAUAGGCCUACGGUCAUCAUUUUUGCCCGUGCUGCUCCGUUCUCAUCAAGGUUAUGCUAUGGGAUGGGGCCCAAUCACUUGGCUUCUGAUGUCUGAGAUCUUGCCUCUGGGAGCGCGAGGGGUCGCGUCAGGCCUGUGUGUGGGGGUCAGCUGGUUGACUGCCUUUGUCUUGACUCAUGUCUUCAUUCAUGUGGUGGUGAGUUCAUUGCUCCAUUACUCUGACUACUAAUCCAAUGUGUGGGCACAUUUUAAUGACAAAUAUUUAACAUACUACAUUGAACAUAAAUCCUCUUACUAUCACAUUCAAAGACUGUAAUUGACCUACCCAUCUUUUUAACUGAACUUGAGGGUAUCCGGGUUAGCGUUUAUUGCAUUCGAUUUGGAACCGGGCUGCCUCCCGGGCCUGAGCCUGGUGCCCGUUCUGGCCGACGGCGAAGUUGGUUAAGCGUGUGGAGUAAUGAGUAGGAUUCUGUGUUUUCACAUGCAAAAGUGAUUGCUUUUGAUUAAAACGCUUUGUCUGCCUUCCCAAUGAAAACUAGUUUGAAAAUUCGAACAUGUAUUUUAUGGAAAAGGGAUUUAUGUUUCUGAAUGAUGCACUGUUACAUUGUUGACAAUAUGACAGAGCAGCUGCAGAUUACCGUUCCAUUUGAGCAGGGCGCGCCUCCCUCACCGGAUUCACCCGGUCACAUAACGGGCCAUAGCCCGGUUCAACCUGGAACAGUUUAAUCUAAUCCCAUCCUAGUAUAAUGCUAUUGUGAAAUAUUCAUCCAUGUCCCUUAUACAUUAUUACUCACCUAUAACAAGAUUCCUAAUCAUAAUCCUACAUUCAACGACUAAUGCAAAAUGGUUGUGUGUUGACCAUGUUUUCUACAGGAGACCUAUGGACUGUUUGUUCCGUUCCUGUUCUUCUCGGUGGUGUGUGUGGUGAACAUAAUUUUCACCGCCGUGUGUGUCCCUGAGACCAGGAACAGAUCGCUGGAGGAGAUUGAGAACUAUUUCCGGACUGGACGCAGUUUCACCAUCAUUGACACAUAA